CCAUCACUCAGCCCCGAUCUCCACAGCAGCUCAUUGAUUCUUCUCCUCUCUCUCUCGCUUUCACUGUGCAGAACCAUGAGUAGAAACUUCUUGUCCAUCAAUGAUGAGCUCCAUAAGGGAGACUUCCUGUUAUCCAACAACCGAGAGUACAAGGCAAUCUUUCAGGAUGAUGGGAACUUUGUGGUGUACGGAUGGAGGCCUGUCUGGGCAUCCAACACUUGUGGUGUUAUAGACGCUCAUCGCCUGAUCAUGCAAGAAGACUGCAACCUGGUGAUGUACACACCGUGCAAACCCGUGUGGGCCACUGACACCAACCGCACAGGCGUCCUACGGUGUCGUCUAACUCUGGGUGAUGACGGCGUUCUGGUUGUCGACAAUGACGGCCACACAGUGUGGAAAUCCAGCAACUGAAAUAACAAGUAAUGAAAUAACAGUCUAAGAUCUCUGAGCUUCAGUAUUGUCAAUAAAGCUAAUAAAUCAGUAAAGAGCAU